AUGGUUUUUCUGAUCGUGAAUAGCAACAAUAAUGCUGAAGAUGAGCAGAAGCCAGGCCUGGCAGGGAUUAGGCUCUUAUUUCGCAGGGUUGGACUGGAGUCCUUGCUGAUUCUGUGGCUGCUGCUAGUGUCAGGAUUUUGCACGGAUACUGUCAAUUUUCUCACCUAUAUGGAAGAAGCCCCUGGCACCAUCAUCGGUGUUUUGUCUGACCACGUCCAGUUUAAUUCCCAGCGCGAGGUGCCAAGCCAGUUUCGCCUGAUGAAGCAGUUCAACAGCUCUCUGCUCCGUCUCCAGGAAGGUGAUGGGCAGCUGACCGUCGGGGACGCAGGCCUGGACCGCGAGCGGCUGUGCGGCCAGGCCCCACAGUGCGUGCUGGCCUUCGACAUGGUCAGCUUCUCUCAGGAGCAGUUCCGGCUGGUGCACGUGGAGGUGGAGAUGAGGGACGUCAACGACCACGCGCCGCGCUUCCCGAGGGCCCAGAUCCCGGUGGAGGUGUCCGAGGGUGCGGCCGUGGGCACGCGCAUCCCCCUGGAGGUGCCGGUGGACGAGGACGUGGGCGCCAACGGGCUGCAGAGCGUGCGCCUGGGGCCACACAGCCCCUUCCGCGUGGAGCUGCAGACGCGCGCGGACGGAGCCCAGUGCGCGGAUCUGGUGCUGCUGCAAGAGCUGGACCGCGAGAGCCAGGCCGCCUACAGCCUGGAGCUGGUGGCCCAGGACGGCGGCCGCCCGCCACGCUCCGCCACGGCCGCCCUCGGAGUGCGCGUGCUGGACGCCAAUGACCACAGCCCGGUCUUCCCGCAGGGCGCCGUGGCCGAGGUGGAGCUGGCGGAGGACGCGCCCGUGGGCUCGCUGCUUCUCGACCUGGACGCAGCCGACCCCGACGAGGGUCCCAACGGCGACGUGGUGUUCGCUUUUGGCGCCCGCACACCGCCCGAGGCGCGCCGCCUCUUUCGGCUCGACCCGCGCUCAGGCCGCCUCACCCUGGCCGGGCCCGUGGACUACGAGCGCCAGGACACCUACGAGCUGGACGUGCGGGCGCAGGACCGCGGCCCCGGCCCCCGGGCCGCCACCUGCAAGGUCAUCGUGCGCAUCCGCGACGUUAAUGACAACGCGCCCGACAUCGCCAUCACGCCGCUGGCCGCCCCCGGUGUGGCAGCCGCCUCACCCUUCGCGGCUGCUGCAGCUGCUGCCGCGCUCGGGGGAGCGGACGCGACGUCCUCGGCGGGACCCGGGACGCCAGAGGCUGAUGCCACCUCUCUGGUGCCUGAGGGGGCGGCGCGCGAGAGCCUGGUGGCUCUGGUCAGCACCUCGGACAGGGACUCGGGCGCCAACGGGCAGGUGCGUUGCGCCCUCUAUGGGCACGAGCACUUCCGGCUGCAGCCGGCCUACGCGGGCAGCUACCUGGUGGUGACCGCGGCGUCGCUGGACCGCGAGCGCAUUGCUGAGUACAACCUGACCCUGGUGGCCGAGGACCGCGGCGCGCCCCCACUGCGCACGGUGAAGCCCUACACGGUGCGCGUGGGCGACGAGAACGACAACGCGCCGCUCUUCACGAAGCCAGUCUAUGACUUCGUGUCGGUGCGCGAGAACAACCCGCCCAGCGCCUACCUGGCCAAGGUGGCUGCCCGGGACCCGGACCUGGGCCGCAACGGCCAGGUCACCUACCGGCUCCUAGAGGCCGGGGUGGGGCGCUCCGGGAACUCUGUGUCCACCUACGACUCGGUGGACCCAGCCACUGGGGGGCUUCGCGCUCGACGGUGCGUUGACGGCGAGGAGCUGGCGGAGAUGCAGCUGGAAGUGGAGGCUCUCGACCGGGGGUCUCCGCCUCUUCAGGGCCUGGAGGAUCAGAACGACCUCGCGCCCCGCCUGGUGGCCCCACUAUUAUUCUGUGGCUUAGUCCAGCUGCCUCUGCCCCGGGAUGCGCCCUUGGGCUACCUGGUUACCAAACUGCGGGCAAAAGACGCGGACAAAGGCUCCAACGCUGACAUGGCUCACAUCCUGCUCCGCAACGGCGGCGGCCCCGGGGCGCUAGCGCUGCAUCCAGCUUCGGAUGAGCUAUCUCUGCAGCGCCGCCUGUCCGCGCAGCCCGCCGGCCAGCCGACGACGGUCAUAGCGGCGCGGGACAGAGGCCCGCGCACCUAGUCGUGCACUGCCACGUUGCUUCUAGUGCCCGCGGACCCGGCGCCCUCUG